CGUUUCCAUCAUCACUGAACGGGAGAGAAGGACGGCGAAAGGGGUCGACCGUCACAUUUCCAGGCAGGCAGAGGCUUGGACGGAGGAUGAAUGUGAUGUACUAAGCAAGGAUCUUUUCAAUUGGCUUCCACCGACUCUCAGUUCUUUGGGGAGCGAGAAGAAGAUAGAAGAACUCCUGUGUUUGGAUAAGACUCCUGGAAGAUUCAUUGAGAGGGAUUCUCUUCCCAUCUAACCAUGGAGAACGCUCACACCAAGAGUGUGGAAGAAGUUUAUAGUUAUUUCAGCGUCAACGAGAGCACGGGACUGACUUUAGACCAGGUGAAACGGCAGAGAGAGAAAUGGGGUCCCAACGAGUUGCCUGCUGAGGAAGGAAAAUCUAUAUGGGAACUUGUCAUCGAGCAGUUUGAAGAUUUACUUGUGCGGAUUCUUCUUCUGGCAGCUUGUAUAUCUUUUGUAUUAGCCUGGUUCGAAGAGGGAGAGGAAACAAUCACUGCCUUCGUGGAGCCUUUUGUAAUUUUACUGAUUCUCAUAGCUAACGCCAUCGUAGGUGUUUGGCAGGAACGUAAUGCAGAAAAUGCCAUCGAAGCCCUUAAGGAGUAUGAGCCAGAGAUGGGCAAGGUGUACCGUCAGGACAGGAAGACCGUCCAGAGGAUCAAAGCCAAAGACAUUGUGCCUGGAGACAUUGUGGAGGUCGCUGUGGGUGACAAGGUACCUGCCGAUAUCCGUAUCUGUGCUAUUAAGUCCACAACACUCAGAGUGGACCAGUCCAUCCUGACAGGCGAGUCUGUCUCUGUCAUUAAGCACACGGACCCCGUGCCAGAUCCCCGUGCCGUCAAUCAGGACAAGAAGAACAUGCUGUUCUCUGGAACCAAUAUAGCCGCGGGAAAAGCCGUAGGUGUGGUGGUGGCCACAGGCGUGAACACAGAGAUCGGUAAAAUCCGUGACGAGAUGGCCUCCACUGAGCAGGAGAAGACGCCCCUGCAGCAGAAGCUGGAUGAGUUCGGUGAGCAGCUCUCCAAAGUCAUCUCUCUCAUCUGCAUCGCCGUGUGGAUCAUCAACAUCGGCCACUUCAACGACCCCGUCCACGGUGGCUCCUGGAUCCGUGGAGCCAUUUACUACUUCAAGAUCGCCGUCGCUCUGGCCGUGGCCGCCAUCCCUGAAGGUCUUCCCGCUGUCAUCACCACCUGCCUGGCUCUCGGCACCCGCCGUAUGGCCAAGAAGAACGCCAUUGUCCGCUCUCUGCCCUCUGUGGAGACGCUGGGUUGCACUUCCGUCAUCUGCUCUGACAAAACCGGCACCCUCACCACCAACCAGAUGUCCGUCUGCAGGAUGUUCGUCAUAGACAAGGCUGAGGGAGAUAACUGCUCACUGACUGAAUUCACCAUCUCUGGCUCCACAUAUGCUCCUGAAGGAGACGUAUUCCUUGAUAACAGAAUAGUGAAAUGCUCCCAGUAUGACGGCCUGGUGGAGCUGGCAACCAUCUGUGCCUUGUGUAAUGAUUCCUCCCUGGAUUAUAAUGAGUCUAAAGGUGUUUUUGAGAAGGUUGGAGAGGCCACAGAGACGGCUCUGACCUGCCUGGUGGAAAAAAUGAACGUUUUUGACACUGACGUCAGGAGUUUGUCUAAGAUCGAGAGAGCCAACGCCUGCAACUCAGUGAUCAAGCAGCUGAUGAAGAAGGAGUUCACCCUGGAGUUCUCCAGAGACAGGAAGUCCAUGUCUGUGUACUGUUCCCCCAACAAGGCCAAAUCCUCUUCUGCUAAGAUGUUUGUCAAGGGAGCUCCAGAGGGAGUGAUCGACAGGUGCACGUAUGUGCGUGUGGGUGGAUCCAGGGUUCCCCUGACUCAAGGCAUCAAGGAUAAGAUCAUGUCUGUGAUCAGAGAGUAUGGCACUGGCCGUGAUACCCUGCGCUGCCUGGCACUGGCCACCCGCGAUAGUCCACUGAAGAAAGAGGAGAUGGUCCUGUCAGAUACGGCCCGCUUCGCAGAAUAUGAGUCUGAUCUGACCUUCGUGGGCUGCGUGGGCAUGCUGGAUCCUCCCCGGACAGAAGUGGCCGCCUCCAUCAAGCUCUGCCGUCACGCUGGCAUCCGGGUCAUCAUGAUCACCGGCGACAACAAAGGCACGGCUGUGGCCAUCUGCAGGCGCAUCGGCAUCUUCUCGGAGGACGAUGAUGUCAACCGCAUGGCCUUCACCGGCCGUGAAUUUGACGACCUUUCACCUCACGCCCAGCGCGAGGCCGUCACGGCUGCCCGCUGCUUCGCACGUGUCGAGCCUUCACACAAGUCCAAGAUUGUGGAGUUCCUGCAGGGCUUUGACGAGAUCACUGCUAUGACAGGAGAUGGUGUGAACGAUGCCCCUGCACUGAAGAAGGCAGAGAUUGGCAUCGCCAUGGGCUCUGGCACUGCCGUGGCCAAGACAGCCUCGGAGAUGGUACUCGCUGAUGACAACUUUUCCAGCAUCGUGGCCGCCGUUGAGGAAGGCAGAGCUAUCUAUAACAACAUGAAGCAGUUCAUCCGCUACCUCAUCUCCUCCAACGUGGGCGAGGUGGUCUGUAUCUUCCUCACCGCUGCGCUGGGUUUCCCUGAGGCCCUGAUCCCCGUCCAGCUGCUGUGGGUGAACCUGGUGACCGAUGGUCUUCCCGCCACCGCUCUGGGCUUCAACCCUCCUGACCUGGACAUCAUGAAUAAACCCCCCCGCAACGCCAAGGAGCCACUCAUCUCUGGAUGGCUCUUUUUCAGAUACUUGGCUAUCGGCUGUUAUGUGGGUGCUGCGACUGUAGGAGCUGCAGCCUGGUGGUUCAUUUCUGCUGAUGAUGGUCCAAUGAUCACAUUUUACCAGCUGAGCCACUUCCUGCAGUGUUCUCCUGAUAAUCCUGACUUCCAGGAUCUGGAGUGCCACGUGUUCGAGUCUCCCUACCCCAUGACCAUGGCCCUGUCUGUGCUGGUCACCAUCGAGAUGUGUAACGCCCUCAACAGUCUGUCAGAGAACCAGUCUCUGCUGCGCAUGCCUCCCUGGGAGAACAUCUGGCUGCUGGGAGCCAUCUGCCUUUCCAUGUCUCUGCAUUUCCUCAUCCUCUAUGUAGAGCCGCUGCCGGUCAUCUUCCAGAUCACCCCUCUGAACGUGACCCAGUGGCUGAUGGUGCUGAAGAUCUCACUGCCAGUCAUCCUCAUGGACGAGCUGCUCAAAUUCAUCGCAAGGAACUACCUGGAGCCCGCUCGGGAUGAUUAAGCCAAUCCACGCUCUGUAUUCCUUGCAGAAGCUGUGAGGUUUUCUUGACUUUAGUGCAUGUGUUGUUUUCAGCAGCUCCACACAUCUUUCUAGGCCUGCAUGUCAACUGUGCUAAAAACCUAAGCAUUGGCGUCAUUAGUUUAGAAGAAGCUCUAGGAUUGGGGAGAAAAAAAACAAACAAACAAAAAAAACUGAUUUGAGCCGUUACAGCUCAGGUCAAACCCGGCAAGAUUUGAAAAUGCUCUUAAAAUGUAACAUUACAGCCGUUUUAAUGGUGCAUGUCUCCUUACGUUAGAACCUUUUGUAUAGCGCUGCAAUAUUCAAAAAGAAAAAUGAUGUGAGAAAGGCAUCGUUUUCGCCCUCAGAUCUUUUGUGAGAUAUGUAAAUUAACCAAAACUAAUUGUUCUUGUUGCUUUUGCGCAGGGAUGUGCAAUAUGUUUUAAAGCAGAGGCUCAUUUCAGGUGUUAGGGGUGUGUGUGUGUGUGUGUGUGUGUGAUGAGACAGACGGCCUUUUACAGCAGUUCCCAUGGAAAUGGAGGGGGGCGGUGCUGCAGAAUCAGUGUUGUAAUUAUCACAAUGAAUUGUGGUUAAUAAAAAUGACAUUACAUGGUU